AUGGAGGAUCUUCCAGCAGCGCCUGUAUCGGCUGCCACUGUGGCCUCCGCAUCUGCCCAGGACCGCACCAUCAGCCGUGUGCUCAACUGGGUGUGGAGGGGGUGGCCACAAGGGCCUUUUGCAUCGGAGUUCCAGCGCUUUGCAACCAGACAACAUGAACUCUUGGCUCAUCGCGGCUGUCUGCUAUGGGGAGACCGCGUCGUGAUUCCCCAAAGACUCCGUCAAUGUGUCCUGGAGGCUCUGCACGUUGGCCAUCCGGGAAUCAUCAAAAUGAAGGCGUUGGCUCGGUGUUACGUCUGGUGGCCUAACAUGGAUGAUGCCAUCAGUGCCUGGGUGUCCGCCUGUCAAGCGUGCCAAGAAUUGAGGCCUGCGCCACUGGCAGCUAAGGGACACACCUGGGAGACGCCAAAGACACCCUGGUCGAGGGUGCACAUCGAUCUAGCCGGCCCCUUUCAUGGCCGGACCUUUAUGGUAGUGGUGGACGCCUAUUCCAAAUGGUUGGAGGUGGCCCUGAUUCCCUCCACCACUACCGAGGCCGUCAUCCGGGUGCUGCGAGGCCUGUUUGCGACACAUGGGUGUCCUGAUGUCCUUGUCUCCGACAACGGACCGCAGUUCACGUCAGGCACUUUUGAGCGGUAUCUUUUGGGACUGGGCAUCCACCAUGCCCUAACGGCACCAUUUCAUCCAUCCAGCAACGGGCAAGCGGAGAGAAUGGUGUGCUCGGCAAAAGAGACACUGGCGCGCCUGGACCGGGGAGACUGGCACGAGCGGGUCACCGAAUACUUGUUUGUGCAACACAUCACCCCUCAGGCGGCCACAGGGCGGAGUCCUGCUGAACUGCUUGGGCCGCCGCCUCAGGUCACCGCUCGACAGGCUGCACCCGGACAUUGCCGUGGCCGAACCCCCAGGCUGUGCCAACGCGCCACGGUCAUUUGUUCCAGGAAACCAGGUCUUUGCCCGGAACUUUGUGGGGGACGUUCCUUGGGUGCCAGCCACAGUAGUGGGAGUCACUGGGCCUCGCUCGUACCAGGUGGCACUCGAAGACGGACGCUUGUGGCGCCGGCACAUAGACCAGCUUAG